AUGGAGGGUUUCCCGUACUACUUCCUCGAAACGACGUCGCAGAACAACAACUCGAUUCCCUACUCUGGCCAAUCCCUAGAGGCUGCCUUCUCUCGCCUCAACGUGUCCUCCCUCAGCCACCUGCCGUUUUCCGGCGUUGGUUACAGCUCCGGCGCGUCGGCGUCGAAAUACCCAUCUGGCAUUGCCCCAAAUUGGUCACCGGAGCCACUCAACAAUAUGUCAGUGGCGGAUUUGCGUGGGAAGAUUGCAACUUUGGCCAAGGAUCAAUACGGGUGUCGGUUUUUUCAGAGAGCUAUGGAGGCUGAGCCGAAGGAGUUUACGGAUAUGAUAUUUGCAGAGGUCAUAGAUGAUGUUGCCAAUUUGAUGCUUGACCCGUAUGGGAAUUAUGUGAUUCAGAAGCUUGUGGAGGUUUGCAGUGAGGAGCAGAGGACCCAGAUUCUCUUGAGAUGGACCAAGAAUCCGUUUCUGUUUAUUACUCUUUGCCUUCAUAGCCAUUUUAGGAAUGGUGGCAGGACUCGCUCUGUUCAGAAGCUGUUGAAGAAGAUCACAACCCGAGAUCAAGUCUCUUUGUUCGUGAGUGCACUGUACUGUGGUGUGGUUGACCUUUGUACGAACAUCAAUGGUCAACACAUCAUGGAGUACUGUAUGAAGAAUUUCUCGGAUGAACAUAAGAGGUGUCUUUUGAAUGUGGUGAUUGACAACUGUGUUGGAAUUGCCAAAGAUAAGGUCGGUUGUUGCGUUCUACACAAAUGUGUAGAUUACUGCUACGGAGAAACUAAAGGGCGUCUUCUCGCUGCUAUAAUUGGAGAAGCAUUAAUCCUAGCACAAGAUCGUUAUGGUAACUACGUGCUGCAACAUCUACUUGGAUUGAGGGCACCACAAGUGACAUCAAGUCUUUUGAGACAAUUUCAAGGCAAUUAUAUGUAUCUCUCCUGCAGCAAGUUCGGUAGUAACGUUGUGGAGAAGUGCCUUACAGAAUCAGCUGAGGAACAAUCUGCAGAGAUUGUUAGAGAAUUGUGUAUAAGUCCAAACCUUUCAAUGCUUCUUAUGCAUCCUUUUGGAAACUAUGUCUUCCAGACUGCACUGUCAGUUUCAAAGUUUGGCUUUGAUUUCACAGGGUCGCACCCAUACUUUUCUGUUAAGUCUGGUUCAACAAUACACUCCGGCUCUACUCGGGAAUCAAUAUGGGAAAAGGGUGCUUGCUUGGCGUGA